GAGGAUGGGAGUAUAGAUCAGAAUAAGGUGAUGGAGAUUGUAAGAAGUCAGAAAAAGGAAAUACCUGAAGGAAAUGAGGUCGAUCACUCUCAAUUGGAUGACAUUCUGAAGGACUUGGGGGUUUAUCUCACUGAAGAUGAACUUCAGGAACUAUUAAAACACCACCCAGAGAUUGCUGCUGGGAGGAUAGAACUGGAUAAAGUUAUAGAUUCUCUGAAGAAUUUUGAAGGUGGGAAGAUAGAUACCAAUUACCUGGAAGAUGUCUUCAAUAAAAUGAGAAUACAAUUUACUGAUGAGAACGUCAAGAGGUACUGAAAGACGUGCCAAUUGAUGAAAAUGGGAUGUUGGAACUCAGUAAAUUAAUGAGUGCUUUGAAGGCUAAAAAAGGCAUGACGGUCAGUGUCGAUAACCUGGAUGGCAUUCUGGGAAACAUGGGAGUCGAGCUCACAAAUGAAGAAUUAGAGAAUCUACUGAAAGAGAUACCAGUUGACCAUUAUGGAAACAUAGACUUGAAUACGUUGAUCGACACUGUGAAGUCUAUAAAAACUGAUGGAAAAAUAGAUCAGGAUAAAUCGAAGGAGACUCUGAAGACUUUUAAAGAGGAAAAGAUUGAUCUCCAUAGCAUAGACACAUUUCUAGGAAACAUGGGCAUAGAAUUCACAGAAGAGGAGCUUGAGGAGCUAAUGCAGCAUCUACCAAUUGAUGUUCAUGGCAGGAUGAAUCAGGAGAUGGUGAUGGAAGCCUUGCAGAAUUUUAAAGGAGGAAAGAUGAAUGCCAGUAAUUUAGAUGUGGUUCUGAAAAAUAUGGGGAUCAAAUUCACGAAUGAAGAACUAAAUGAAAUUUUGAAACAAUUGCCAGUGAAUGCCGAUGGGAAGGUCCAGAUGAGCAAUUUGAUGGACUCUAUACAGGCUGUUAAAGGAGAGAAGAUUGAUGUGCAAAACUUGGAUAAACUACUAGGCAAUAUGGGGGUUGAGCUUACGGACAAGGAAAUUAAGGAGCUGAUGAAAUACCUGCCAACUGAUUCUAAAGGAACCAUGUAUCAGAGUGAUUUGCUGAAUGCCUUAAAGCACUUUAAAGGUGGGAAGGUUGAUGUUCAUAACCUGGACAAUGUGCUGAAAAACUUGGGAGUUAAACUCACAGAUGAGGAACUUCAAGAGGUGCUAAGAUUUAUGCCAAUUGAUGCUUAUGGGAAGAUGGAUAUAAGCAAACUGUUGAAAGAAAUUAAGGCUAUUCAAGGAGAAAAGAUUGCCAUCACUGACAUAGACAACCUUCUGAAAAAUACAGGAAUUGAGUUGUCAGAUCAGGAAUUUCAAGAGCUGAUGAAAAACCUGCCAGUGGAUGCCAAAGGGAAAGUCCUUCUUAGUAAACUUAUGGAAUGCUUACAGACUUCUAAAGGAGGCAAGGUUAAUGUCCAUAACUUGGGUGACUUUCUGAAUAAUAUGGGGAUCGAGAUCACAGAUGAAGACUUUAAAGAACUGAAGAAAAAUUUGCCAGUGGAUGCUUAUGGGAAGAUUGAUCUGAGUACACUGAUACAAGAAGCAAAAGCUUUACAAGAAAAGCAUGAUAUCAAUGAUGUGGAAAAUGUCCUGAGGAGCAUGGGCCUGGAGUUCACUAAGAGCGAGCUUGAGGAGCUGCUGAAAAACUUGCCUGUUGAUGAUAAUGGGAAGGUGAAUCUGAAAAACUUAAUGAAUGCUGUGCAGAAUCUCAGUGGAAGGAAUGUUGAUAUUAACAACCUGGAUGAGGUUCUGGGCAACCUAGGGAUCAAGUUCACAGACAGAGAAAUUGAGGAGCUGUUGAAGAGUCUUCCAGUAGAUGCUAAUGGGAAAAUUGCCCUGAAUAAAAUUAUGGAUAACGUGAAAUCUAUAAAAAAAAACAUUGAUGUUCAAAACCUGGAAAACUUUCUGAAGGACAUGGGGAUCAUACUCACAGAAGAAGAAUAUCAGGAUCUCCUGAAACACCUGCCAAUUAAUGCCAAAGGGAAGGUGAAUGAGAAAAUCAUAAUGAAUGUUGUGCAGAAUCUCAGCGGAGGGAAUAUUAACAUUAACAAUCUGGACAAGGUUCUGGGAAACCUUGGGAUCAAGCUCACAGAUAGCGAAAUUGAGGAGCUGUUGAGUCACCUGCCAGUUGAUGCUUAUGGGAAAGUUGCCCUCAAUGAAGUUAUGGAUAAUGUGAAAUCUAUUAAAGAAAACAUUGAUGUUCAAAACCUGGAAAACUUUCUGAAGGACAUGGGGAUCAUACUCACAGAAGAUGAAUAUCAGGAUCUCCUGAAACACCUGCCAAUUGAUGCCCUAGGGAAGAUAAGUAAGAAAGCCCUUAUAAAUGCUGUGAAGAAACUCAAUGGAGGGAAUAUUGAUAUUAGCAACCUGGACAAGGUUCUGGGAAACCUGGGGAUCAAGCUCACAGAUAGCGAAAUUGAGGAGCUAUUGAGUUACCUGCCAAUUGAUGAUGAUGGGCUGGUUGCCCUGAAUAAAUUUAUGGAUAAGAUGAAAAUUAUUAAAGAAAACAUUGAUGCUCAAAACCUGGAAAACUUUCUGAAGGACAUGGGGAUCAUACUCACAGGAGAAUAUCAGGAUCUCCUCAAACACCUGCCAAUUGAUGCCCUAGGGAAGAUAAAUAAGAAAAAUAUAAUGAAUGCCAUGCAGAAUCUCAGUGGAGGGAAUGUUAACAUUAACAACCUAGAAAACGUUCUGGGAAACCUGGGGAUCAAGCUCACAGAUAGUGAAAUUGAGGAACUACUGAAUAACCUGCCAGUUGAUGCUGAUGGGAUGAUCACCCUGAAAAAAGUUAUGGAUAACGUGAAAUCCAUUAAAGAAAACAUUGAUGCUCAAAACCUGGAAAACUUUCUGAAGGACAUGGGGAUCACACUCACAGAAGAAGAAUAUCAGGAUCUCCUGAAACACCUGCCAAUUGAUGCAAAUGGGAAGGUGAAGCUGAAGAAUGUAAUGAAUGCCCUGAAGAAUCUCAGUGGAGGGAAUGUUGAUAGUAACAACCUGGACAAGGUUCUGGGAAACCUGGAGAUCAAGCUCACAGAUAGCGAAAUUGAGGAGCUAUUGAGUCACCUGCCAAUUGAUGCUACUGGAAGGGUCGACCUGAAUAAACUUAUGGAUAAUGUGAAAUCUAUUAAAGAAAACAUUGAUGUUCAAAACCUGAAAAACUUUCUGAAGGACAUGGGGAUCACACUCACAGAAGACGAAUAUCAGGAUCUCCUGAAACACCUGCCAGCUGAUGACAAAGGGAAGAUAAAUAAGAAAAACAUAAUGAAUGCUGUGAAGACUCUCCAUGGAGGGAAUGUUAACAUUAGCAACCUGGACAGGGUUCUGGAAAACCUAGGGAUCAAGCUCACAGAUCAAGAAAUUGAGGAGCUACUAAAUAACCUACCAGUUGAUGCUGAUGGGAAGGUUGCCCUGAAUAAAAUUAUGGAUAACAUGAAAUCUAUUAAAAAAAACGUUGAUGUUCAAAACCUGGAAAACUUUCUGAAGAACAUGGGGAUCACACUCACAGAAGAUGGAUAUCAGGAUCUCCUCAAACACCUGCCAAUUGAUGACAAUGGAAAGGUCGAGAAGAAUAGAUUGAUGAAUUGCCUGAAGGAUCUUAAAGGAGUAAAGGUUGAUAUCCAUGAACUGAAAAAUGUCCUGAGGAACCUGGGGAUGGACCUUACAGAUCAGCAGUUUCAGUUGCUGCUGACAGUUAUCCCAUUUGAUCAUGAUGGGAAAGUGGAUCUAAACAAACUGAUAGAAUUUUCAAAGACCAUUAAAGACGGUGUCACCAGCCAAAUGUCGGCUUCUUCCGAUUCUAAGCUGAAGUAUAAGCUGAAACCCCUGACAAAAAUUCCAUCAACUCACAUCAGGGGUAAAGAUUUCCAAGGCUUUCUUCAGGACCAUGAUGGUAAACAGAAAGAGCGAUUAACUCAAGGACAACUAGAAGCAUUCCUGGAUGCCUUUGAGUGCUUUGAGAAGGAUGAAACUGGCUGCAUUGAUUCACAUGGAUUACAGUCCUCUGCAGCUCAAUUGGGGAUUGAGCUAACGAACCAAGAAAUCCAGGAUGAACUUGAAUUCGCUGAUACUGACAGAGAUGGAAAGCUGAAUUUUUCAGACUUUCUCACUGUUUUAACAGAUGAUGAUCGCUUUAUCCAGGCUGUUGUCCCAGAAACUGACCCCAACUCGGAUCUUGUUGAUUCUACGGGAAUCCUGCUUUUUGAAAUGCUUUCAAAGCUGGUGGAAACUUCAGCACUGCCCAGGAAAUGUAUGGUAGACAUAGUAUGUUAUUACCGCAAAAAAUAUAAUGAGGCUGCCAGCAGGCCACUGUGGAGGUGCUACGAUGCUGGUGGAAAAAAGAGGCGCAAGUCCAAGAGGGUGUCAGUUACCGGACAGGGAACCAGCACAGCUGCCUUUGCUGAUGCCUCCCGCAUUGCAAUAAUGGGCGAGAAGGAUUUGUUGAAAUUCCUGGAAGAGCUCAAGAGAUGCAGUCCCGCCUCUGACAGCCCGUAUGCUAAAAUACCCAUCUUCCCACUGUUUCCAAAUAUGGAUGGGACAGUUGUGGGAAAGCCAUUCAAAGAGUUACAAAGGUUGGGGGUGCUGAGGAAAAGAGAGCCUUUACAUUUCUUCGAAGACUAUUUUUUCCAUAAAAGAAACUGGAAGGCACAGGCUGCACCCUUUAAACCUUUAGAAAAUUCAAACUGGCCAGAAGAGAUUAUCAGUGUUGAUCACAUGAUCAAGAAAAAGCGGCAGUGGAACGUAGCUGAAGCAGCCUGCUUACAAAAACCGGUAAAAAGAGCUACUGAUGCAUACCAUCUGGGAGUUGCCCUUGGGCACCGGAAAGACAUGCUCAACUUCUGGCGCAAAAUUCGAGGUGGACUUCAGAAAAACCUGGAAAGACUUAACAUGAACUGA